AAGUGCUGCCAGAGGGUGCUCGCGUGGGUGCCCGUGGCCUUCAUCGCCCUGGUCGUGGCCUGGUCCUACUACGCCUACGUGGUGGAGCUGUGUGUGUUUACAAUUACCUCUACUGGAGAAAAAGUUGUCUACCUUGUGAUUUUUCAUCUGUCGUUUGUCAUGUUUGUGUGGUCCUAUUGGAAGACAAUUUUUACAUCUCCCGCCUCCCCUUCCAAUGAGUUCUGUUUAUCCAAAUCUGAUAAAGAGCAAUAUGAAAAGGAAGAAAGACCAGAAUCUCAACAGGAAAUCCUGAGAAAAGCUGCAAAAGACCUUCCCAUUUAUACCACAACAGCAUCAAGAGCUAUAAGAUACUGUGAUAGAUGCCAACUAAUCAAGCCUGAUCGAUGUCACCACUGCUCUGCCUGUGACCUGUGUGUACUGAAAAUGGAUCAUCACUGUCCUUGGGUGAAUAACUGCGUGGGAUUUUCUAACUACAAGUUUUUCCUCUUGUUUUUAUUUUACUCCCUCCUGUACUGUCUGUUUGUUGCUGCUACAGUUCUGCAGUAUUUCAUAAAGUUUUGGACAAAUGAAUUGCUAGACACACGGGCAAAAUUCCACGUCCUCUUCCUUUUCUUUGUGGCUGCUAUGUUUUUCAUCAGCAUACUGUCACUUUUUAGCUACCACUGCUGGCUGGUUGGCAAAAACAGAUCAACAAUAGAAGCUUUCCGGGCACCCAUGUUUCGAAAUGGACCAGACAAAAAUGGCUUCUCUCUUGGAUGCAGUAAAAACCUGAGAGAAGUUUUUGGAGAUGAAAAAAAGUAUUGGUUGUUGCCUGUUUUUACAAGCUUAGGAGAUGGCAGUAACUUCCCAACGCGCUUAGUGAAUAUGGAUCCAGAGCAGCUUACUGUCUCAAGCCAAAAUGAGCCUGCCAAAAGCUCUGGCCCCAGUCAGCCGUUUCCCACUAGACCACUCAGCGAGUCCCAGAAUCGUUUGCUAGCCAAUGAAAACCAGUGGCCAGAAGUCAGCUCGGAAGAAGAAAAUGUUAAAUCAGAUGUUAAAAAGCAUAUUAUAGUUACAUUGGAAAGCUGAUCUUGGUUUCCAUAUCCAGCCCUCAUAAGAAGAGGAAAGAAUGGUUUCUACAAUACAUUUGUGCUUGGAUAUUACUUAAUUUUGUAUGGAAGACACUGAUAUAUCAAUAGAACAGUGCAAGCAUGUUAACAGGAUAUGAAAAAUGAAAUCCAUGUACGGUGUACAAUGGAUGCUCAUAAGCACUACUACAGAGCGGGAAGUUUGACUGAUGCCUUAAGAUUCUCGAUGUGCAUUUCGCAACAUGGACAAGCCGCUACCAAAGGGCCAAAUCCUGAAAUGCCCUGAAAGGGUGCGCAAGACUCAAUAUGCAGAAACUAUGCAUUCCAGCUGUAUUGCAAUGGAGGGGACUAAUUCUGCAAAAAUCAUGUGGAAGACGGUGCUGUGCCAGUGUUAUGCAGAAGUUAUUUUCAUAGCAGUUCUCGGGGGGGGGGGGAUGUCCAGUAUACCAACAUGGAACAUGGCCAUUAAACCUGCCCAGGGCAACUAUGUGUGAUCCAGAUACCACCUGGUGGACUAGUGGCAUGGUGCGGUUUUACUUCCUUCAUCACCAUUAUCAACUAAUGAGAGGAACUGGUAAGUGUCACUAAGAAGCCCACUGAAGAUCCUGGCUUUUUAGUCCACUCUAAUAUUAAAGUCCUCUUCCUUCAGACUUCCUUUUUUCCAAUAUAAUACAUAAUCAAACGAGCAAGGUUAAUCAAUUGCUUGUUUGUUUUCAGAAUUUAGGCCCACUGUCAGUCCGGAGAAUGAGUUCCCUCAUUUUUCAUUUGUCUUUUUUUAAAAAGCCAAUAUUUUAAUUUCUUCACUGUUUGGUCUAAGCCGUGUAAUUCAUAACCCCGUGUAGGCAUGUUUACCUGAAUGUUUUUACCAGGUCUUCCUGACUGUUAGUCCUAAAAUACAAAUCCCAUCUAAAGCUAGUAGGUAGCAUGUUCUUAGAUUUCUUUCAGGCCAAGUCCAGAGACCACACGCUUAUUUCCUUUAAGAGAAGGGAAGCAUGUUUAUAGUAUCCGAUGUAGAAAUAGAUUCCACAAGGAUCUUUCCCAGGAGUAUUACUCAGAUAUGGUAGAGAAGGAGACACGGAAGGGAAAAGGAUUAUCUCACACUUGAAUGCAGCCGCUUUGCUUCCUAGGAUUCUAAGGCCUUUCCAACAAUCUCAUUGAUUCUAGGUCCUUCUGACCUUGGGCACAAAUCCUUAUCUGAGCAAGUAAUGUAAUGUAACAGGAAUGUAAUCAUGAUGAUCAGUUCACUAAGGGCACUGAGAUAUUAGAAGCAUGACUGCUGGGGUGGGGGAGGGCAGGGGAGAUACCUUUUUAGAUAGUUAUCUAGAUAUCCUGUCUUGAGGACUCUAUAUACCUCAUGAAUUAAUUUUAAAAUGUACAAAAUUCAAUUCUGGAUGUAACAAGAUAACUUAUUUAAUCUCUGUGAAUACAGCCACCAAAAAGCCAAACCAAAUAGAUUUGCCAGAAGGAGCAGUAUUGGGAACUUUUGUCUUACAUAUCACCAUUCUAAGAUCCCCCCCCCCCAAUGAAGGUGCUUCUUGGUUAAUCCUAAAGAUCACAGGAGAGCAUGGGAGUGGAAAGGGCAACAGUCCAUUAAGGAAGGCAGCUUAGUUCAAAACUAUGGUGUGAACUGUGUCUGGAACUGUGGUGUGAACUGUGUCUGGAAACAGGAAGCUAGUACAGAUAGUGAAGUGUGAGUGUAACAGGCUUGCAACAAGCCAUCUGUUUGUUUCACUCCCGAGCUCACUUCAGAUGUCAGGACAAGCUGCAGUUAAACUGUGAUCAGUCACAACCAGUUUAUUCCUUUAUUCACAUGCAUUCUUCCCACCUCCUCUACUGUACGAAGUUUGACCAAACUGAUACAAGCAGGUGAUAGAAGCAGGAUUUGUAUGGAGUGAACAAAUUCCAAUUCAACAAGAUUCCUGCAAUUUUGAUGUCCCAAGUGAACUGGAGCUUGAUCAGGCCAGAAAGGUAAACUCCCAUGCACUAGAGGUAAGAGGAGUGAGGGGCACACACAAACACAGAAACAAACCUGUGUUAGUGUCCAGUCGGAGGUUAGCCUGUGAUUUCACAGCUACCUUAUAGUCUUCUGAGCCAACUCCAUACAGAGUAUGAAUAUGCAGAUUUCAAGUGUGGAAUACAUAAGUCAUCAGAUUCACAUCUACCAGCCAAAAUGGGGGGGGGAACCUUGUGUACAUUAUUUCUACUUGAAAAAUCAUAGUAAUAGUGAUAGAUUUAGGCGUGUGCCAAGGCCUUCAUCUUAUGGGACAACCUACUUCUGCCUCUCCUUUGCCCCUUUCAAAGUUGCUAGCCAUGUAGGCUAUUUAGUUUUAGCUUCCUUUCCACCACCACCACCCCAGAAUUUUGCUGUUUCUGCUCAGAUAAAACUGGAAAAGAAACAAUUUGACUUUCUUUUAUGAUUUAAUUGUAACAUUUGUACCAAUACCAAAAUGAAAAGGCAUUGCAGUGAUGAAAAUGUAAAAGGUAUUCACAAAACCGGGGGUAUAAAGAUAAGAUUCAGCUUGCUGUUCCUGUUGGAUCCUCAUAGACUCUAAUGAGCUGCAGGACCUCAGCCAGGUCAAAAAUGUGGCCUGCUGAGAGUGCAUCUCCAAAGGUCAUAUAUCGUAACAGAAGGAAAGACAACGUGGACCUCUGCCGUAAGCUGGGUCUUUCUUUACUACUGUAACUCAUUUCCAUUCCCAUCCUUAAGCAAUCUCGUUAGAGAGCAGCUCAGCAGCCUUGAAGCCUAACUUCACAAUCAUGUAAGAAUGAUCCUUCCAAUUGAUUCUUUGUCGUACAUCAUCAGAAUCCAACACAGCAGUGCUCUGGGUAAACAAGGAGCAAUUGUUUUGCACUGAAAUCUGCAAAUGCAAGUAGUAGUCACGUGGCACCUUUAUGCUAACAACGUCUUAGUGAGCCAGCUUUGUCAGAUGCCUGAAGUAGGCGGUUUCCUAAAAAGCUGUGCCCCAAGACUAUUUGUUGUUUUUUGCACCAGACUAGCUGUCCCUCCAAAUCUGCAAGGAAAUUGGCUGCUUAGCAGUCCUCCUAGUUGCUUUCAUUAUAGGUUUCUGCAGCUGUAUCCACCCUGACAUUUUUAUUUUUCCUUCAACUUGGCAUAACUAUACACUGGCAGUCUCUUAAUGGCCCCUCCCCAAACCACAUAAAAAUCAGUAUGCUUUGUCAGUCCUCUUACUCAAUAUGAUUUAGUUAUAUUGAAAAUAGCUCUAAAUUGACUUAAGGGCAUAUACACCAAUUCUUGAGUGACUUCUAGUUCACGAUCAGCAUUCAGUUGUUCAGCAUGUGGUUUAGCUUACAACAAAUUGCUUACACCUCUGAAGCUUCAGCUAGCAGUUUAGAAGGCCUGAGGGUGACUGUGCAUCAUCCGGAUGGUAUUGGCAGAAACAUAAAAUAGGAUUUAAAUUUGGAAGACAAAAUUCUGAUAUCAAAUUCUCUGGUGUGUAAUUAUUUUGUUUUAUUAAACUCUUACAAAUUAAAAACCUAGAUGGAAAAGGGGAAAUCUGGCCCCCUUUCCAAACCUUAACCAAUGCAGCAUUUAUAUGAAAUUCCAUUUUUGCAUGAUGUAAAAUAGCAUUUUUUCACAAUUUUACCGUAAAAUGAGAGAGGAGCCUUGGUGACCUAUCAGACCUUGUGUCAAACCAUGCAGGAUGCAAAAGAUCCCUGAUUAGGCCUUCUCCUGGGUUAGGCCCAGGACUGCUUUGAAGAUAGAGUUGUCAAUAUGAGAUAUUUAACCCUUUCCUCCCAUGCCUCUUAAAUAAUUGAUGGAUGGGCUGACUGCUCUCAGUGCUGAAAUUGACAUCUGUCCUGUUGCUCAGGUACUAGGAUUUGACCCCAUUCCCUGCACAAAACAGCCAGUGCUUUGGCUUAAGUACAAUGAGGAAAGCUCUUACAUGGCACAUAAGCAACUUGCAGGUGCUUCUGUAGUCCAUGUAACAACAGAGGUGAUGAGGCUACUGCUGAUUUCUAAAGUCCCAUCAUAAGCCCUGCAUAGUCAUCUUGUACCAUCUAGGAGCUGUAACAAAAGGAUUGCCUCUGAUAUAUAGUAGGGUGGAGCUGUCCUGCUCUGCCCUCUUUAAGAGUGCCUCAGCCUGUACUUCACCAGCUUCAAAGGGGACAGGAUGGGACUAAGUAAAUCUCGGGAGCCAAACUAUACACUAUGUCAACUACAGCAAAUUUCUUUUUAUGGUAUCACAUUGUUACAUAUGCAAGUUACAUAAAAUUAGUGGGUAACAGGGUUCUCUUUGUAAUGUGUACAUAGGAUUAAAGGCCCAUAUUCACUUUUAUGAAUAUUAGGUGUCCAGAUUAUCAGAAUUAUGCAUUUCUCUCUUUUCAGUCCUGUUGGGGUCACUGAAAACUCCACUGUCAAUGUUUAAUAUUUUAGUUUGUUCUGCAGUCCUUAAACCACUAUGAAAAGAUUCCGUUAAAAAUUAAUGAAAUUACCAGACUAAUUGUGUAUUAGAUCAACAGUGGACUUUUAAAAAAGAGUACCUAAAAUACUUAUUGCAUGGACAUUUUGCCAGUCACCCUAAAUGAUACCAAAGAGUAGAAUAUAAAGUUUUGUUAUACUGAAAUACACAUUUACAGGCUUAACUUCAAUGCUUUACCUUCAAAGCAUUUUUCUGGUGAAUGAGGCUAGUAUCAACAGAGCAAUUUGAGGAUCAUACAGUAUAUUUACAAAACAGCCUGUUGUACACUUUAUUUUAUAGAUGCCUCUAAAAAUCCUUCUCCAUACAGCAAUUGUUAAACUGCAUUUCUGUUGAAAGUAUUGAGUUAGUCAAAUGCCCAAGAGGCUCUUUAUAUGAGAUACCAGCCAAAAUGCACUAAAUGAAGUUGUAUCAUAGCCACCUAACAAUACAUCCUCUGCAUCAAUGUAGAUGCCCAGUUUAUUUCCCAGAUAUUAUAUUACUUGAAUCUUGUAAAUAGUAAGAAGAGUCUGACCAUGUUUACAAAAUUACUGAAGAUCAUUCAGCAAACAGUGAGAUAAAUGUACAGUAAUGUUAACAUGUUAAGAUGUUGUCAGGAUCCUCUUUGUUUUGACACCAAAGAGCUAGUAGCCUACACAUUUUAUAUGGUUUGCGUUAUGUUCCAAUUCUGGGAUUACACAAAGACUGGUCUCUAGUAAGUAGUUUAAGGAUUGCAGCCUUUACCUUAAUCCUAAAUCUCUUUACUUGGAAGUCCAUACAGUGGAUUUUCAUGUACAUGUUUAAGGAUUGCGGGUGUAGCAAACAGAUAAUCUAGUUUCAUCACUUCCCCCAGUGUAAAAUUCCAUAACCACAGAAUGAACAUCCCUGGUUUAAUUUCUAGGACUGCUUCAACCUGCGUGUUUACCAGUGCACACAUCAGAUGCAAUACAUUGCACUGUAUUUCUAGUAAGGUGUCUGCGAGUAUUUUAUUUAACUAUCAGUAUCCUAAUUGUACUAAGUAAAGUUGCAAGUAUUCAAUUUAAAUUGUGAGGUUAGAGGAUACAUAAUGUGAAUAACAUCUUUUUAUGUUGCCUAUAGGAAUAUUCCUAUGCACAAAAACAUUGCAAUUAAUAGUUUAAUACUUCAAAGUGACUUUUUAAAUGGGCUUUUAUAAAUACACAAGUACACAGAUCACUUUGCCUGAAACUUUCUUACUUUUAAUUGUACCUUGUAAUAUCCUCAUGUAUGUUUUCCAGCAAUGUAAUAAUUUUAGAUCAUGUUGAAUAUUUUGUAAAUCAAAGUGCAGACUUCCAUUCAUAUCUUAAUUAUGACUCAUGACCAAGGGAAAAUGCAUAAUCUUUAAGCCCUUCGUUGCCAAAGUGGUGAUACAUUAAUGGAUUAUGACACAACGAAUGCAAAAGAAACUAAAUAAAUACCUUAAAUAAGUUCUUUGUAGUGUAUUUCUCAAUACUGGAAGUGGGAAAGAUUUAAAAGGUUAAUUGAAAUAGCAUAAUGGGGAACCAUGGGUUAGAGGGACAUCGUGCAAAGAAAUAUUUUAAAAUUUGGAACCUUGGGGUCUGCAAGCCCAACCUAAAUAAUAGCAACAGCCAGAAGGAAGACAUGACAGCUGAAGGAACCAUCACCAUUAUUGGAACGUAUCUUCGACUCCCGUCCCAUGAGUGGUGUGAAUAGAGUAAUAUGGUGCGCCCUUGAUAGGUGAUCCUUCUAAUUAAGUUGUUAUCCAUUGAAACCAGUAGGCACCCAGUAUAAGACAAAAGGAAGCGCCUGUCAAACCUCAACCAACCUACAAAUGUGUUACAAGCUAACAACGGCUUUGAAAACUUAGACUAUACAAAAGAAUAGGUCCAGCAAAAGCUGGUAGCUACCACACCAAGUCAUAUACCAGAUGCUGGGGAUUAAUAGGGAUAGCCCUUAUUCCUACACAGAUGUGAUGUCUCAUGUUGUCUUUUGGUAUCUCACCCACUAGAUUGUAAAAUCUUCGGAGCAGGAACCUGUUCUCCCCCCCCCCCUUCAAAUGUUAGGACUACACUGGAAAUUAGCAGUAAUAUGUAUUUUUAAA